UGAUCAAACUUGCAUGGAUUUUUCCUGCUAUUUUUACAGCGAAUGUGGUUUUUCUAGAACGUUUCAAAUUAAGACACGUACCAGUAAGACAUGUGACAGAGCCAGGUGACUGUGUGUAACAGGAACUGUAAGUGUAAAUGAGAGACAGAACUGAUUGCAUUUCUAAUAUCGGCUUCUAAAGUCAUUUAUAAAGACUUUAUUCGGUUCCCAACAGAAGCACAAACACCAAACAGAACACGAUCAUUGUUAAGAACCUAAUUGUUAAAUCCGAUAUUAUUUGGACAGAAAAGCUUCAUUUUGAUUGCUGAGCUGCAUCGAAGUUGUUGUAAACGACACUUUAAGCAUGUUUUCCAGGAAUGGAUGUAAACUUGGAUACUGAAGAUUUCUUCUUUAUUGUUGUGUGGAGUUACCUGAUCCAACAUGUACUUAUCAGUUCAGUGGAAAUCACAUGUGAAUACCAGCUGAUGUGAAUCAUCGGUUCCAGAUACAGACGUCUGUACUGUGAGCAGGACGAAGCCCCACCUCUACAGCAUAAAAGCUCAGGACGGUGUUAUAUCACUACACACAGCCUUCUUUCACGCUCACAAUCGAAUUGGACGGAUGAAUCAUGGCAACGGUUUUACAGAGCAGAACGACAUCUGAAAACGAUUCUGCUAAUGACACCAUACUAGAUGAGUACUUAUUCUGCAACACCAACAUAAAGGCCUUCAGCCGAGUCUUCCUCCCUACACUCUACAGCAUCGUCUUCAUCGUGGGGUUCAUCGGCAACUGCCUGGUUGUUUGUGUCCUGGUCAAGUUCCACAAAAAGUCCAACAUGUCAGAUGUGUGUCUCUUCAAUCUGGUGCUUUCAGACCUCCUCUUCCUUCUCUCAUUACCUUUCUGGGCUCAUUACGCCCUCACCAGUCAGUGGACCUUCGGGAGCUUCAUGUGCCGUACAGUGACAGCGUUCUACAUGCUGGGAUUCUAUGGAAGCAUCUUCUUCAUGAUCCUUAUGACCAUUGAGCGCUACAGUGUCAUUGUCCACACCAAUACAUCCCUGUUCUCUAAGCACCGGUCUGUCAGAGCUAGCAUAGCCCUGGUUUUGUUUAUGUGGACACUUAGCCUGGGAGCUUCUCUGCCCACCGUCAUUUGGGCACAAGUGAACAAUAAAUCAGACCUAUGGACUUGCAAAGAGGAAUAUCCAAAAGGAACAAAGUGGAAGUCUUUCUCUUACAUGGAGUUGAACAUCCUUGGCUUAAUUAUUCCUCUGUCGGUGAUGGUGUUCUGCUACUCACGCAUCAUCACUAUCUUAAUGACCAUGAAGUCUCAGAAGAAACACAGAGCUGUCAGGCUCAUGCUGGUCUUGGUCAGUGUUUUCUUCCUCUUCUGGACACCUUACAACAUCGUCAUCUUCCUGAAGUUCCUGCAUCAUUUGGGUUACUUGAGCACUUGUAAGUGGUAUCAGGACCUGACCAUGGCUAUGCAGUGGGUGGAAACCAUAGCGUUCUGUCACUGCUGCAUCAACCCCAUCAUCUACGCCUUUGUGGGGCAGAGAUUCAGGAAUUUAUUUCUAAGGAUCCUUAAAGAGUGGUUUCCUCUUUGCUUUGGUCGCUUUAGAACAACUGAAAGUGAGUUCUCAAUGAGGACGAACAAUACUGUACGUCCUCCAGAUAUUCAGUGACUUCCAGAACAAAGUCAAAAUCAAAACUGUAAACUCUUUUGAACAGGAAAAACAAAACAACAAACAAACUAUGCAUAAAAAUAUUACUCAGGCCAUGUUACAGUAUGUUGGCAUUAUAGUUUAAAUGUUAUUUACAUUGGGAUAAAAAUUCUGCAUUAUACAAUAUAAGCACAUCCUUUGCCUGUGACUCUAAAAUCUCUUCAUUUACACCUUCUGUAUAUUGUGUAUUUGUACAGUGUUGUUUUUUCAUCUGCUCCCUGUUCCGAGUUGCCACAGCGGAUCAUCUGGUUCGCAUAUAUGAUUAGCCACAGGUUUUACACCGGAUCACUUCUAGCACCGUAUCUCAUUACAGUCCGUCAAUUAGAUAACUAUCAUCAUUCAAACUAUUUUCUUUCAAUUCUAGAGUAUUAAUCUAUCCUAGUUCUAGAGGGUUGUGUUAGGAAGGGCAUCUGGACUAACACCUGUGCCAAAAUUAAUAUAUUCAUGGCUUUGUAACCGUGUUAUUCUUCAAUUCAGUCGUGGAGAUCCAACGAAUGCACGCAUUUGAAAUAAAUUGAAUUCAAUCAGG